AUGGCCGAAUCGACCACUGAAGCAGCAUUAGUGCAAGCCUUGAUCAGUAACACCCCUGAAGCACUCCUGCGGCUGCUCACCUCCAGCAGCACGACGGAGCCCGACGCGGCCGCCGCGGCACUCGUCGAAGCGCUGGGCAAGCAGGACGCCUUGGCCAAGGCCCUGGCGGCGACGACGGCCGCGCGCCGCGCCGUCGCCGCGGACCGCGCCGAGACCGCCGCCGGGUGCUUCGACGGGCGGUUCCGGAGCGAGGUGAGCCGCGCGCUCGUGCGCUUAUCAGAAGGCGAGAGCUGUUGCAUCGAGAAGAUCCAGGACGAAGAUGCGAGGGAAGCCCUCGAGCACGUGCUGCGGGGCCUGGGCCUGCGCCCGGCGCCGCGCGACGAGCUCUCGGGCGCGCCGGGCUUCGCCGCCGACGACGCCUGCUCGCGGCGGGCCUGCGCCGCGCUGGCCGCAUCGAUGCGGCCGGCUGCGGUCGCCGCCCCACCUGUCGCAGCGGAGGCCGCCACUCCGGCGGAGGCCGCGCGCGCGCCGCGGGGCCCCGCCGCGCCAGCGGAGGCCGCGCGCGCGCCGCGCGGGCCCGCCGGGCCGCCGGCGCCGCGCGCGCCGCGCGGCCCCGCGCGGCCGCCGCCCGAGUCGUCGUCGUCGUCGGACGACGACGGCCCCGCGCCCGCGGCGCCGGGCGAGGCGGCGCGCGCGCCGCGGCGGCCGACGAAGCGCGUUAAAAUAGAAGAGGACAAGCACGGCGGCUGGACGCGCGCGGCCGACGGCACGAAGGGCGACUGCGACGGGAAGCGCGAGGGCUGGAUGCUCACGCCGCCGACGGCCGGCGAACUCACGGCGCUGACGAAGGACGGUUUACCGGCGGCGAAGAGUCGGCUGGGGUCCGGGCGCGGCGCCCUGCCCCAGCCGACGGCGGCCGAGGUCGCCGCCGACGAAGAACGUAGAAGGGCGGCCCGAGCGGCGCGCGGCCCGGCGCUCGUCGAGACGUUCCAGGCCAAGAAGUCUACGGCGCCCGCCCAAAAGCCGGCGAAGUGGACGCGCGACGCCAUGGACGCGCCGCAGCGCAUGGACGCCAAGGCCGCGCGCGCCGUCAUCGAGAAGGCCAAGGGGUUGGACUCGCGCUUCUCGAGCUCGUACCGACAAUAAAAAAUGUGAUGUGUG